CCCCCUCGGCGGCGCUGCCAGGCGGCGGCGGGCCGGGCCGAGCCGAGCCGAGGCGCUGCUGGGAAGCGCAGCUGGGAAAGCGCAUCCCGCCCUGCUCCGCCCCGGCAGCCGCGGCCAUGACCGACAACAUCCCACUGCAGCCGGUCCGGCAGAAGAAGCGGAUGGACAGCAAGCACCGCAGCGGGUGUUGUGAUUGCUUAAGAUGCUGUGGCAGGAGAGACCCAAGGCCUCGUACUGUAUGGCUUGGCCAUCCAGAGAAGAGAGACCAGAGAUACCCUCGCAAUGUGAUCAACAAUCAGAAAUACAACUUCUUUACUUUUCUUCCUGGUGUGUUGUUUAACCAGUUCAAAUACUUCUUCAACCUCUAUUUCUUGCUUUUGGCCUGCUCUCAAUUUGUCGUUGAAAUGAGGCUUGGUGCACUUUACACAUACUGGGUUCCUCUGGGAUUUGUGCUUGCUGUUACUGUCAUCCGAGAGGCCGCGGAGGAGAUCAGAUGUUACAUGCGCGACAAGGAAGUGAACUCGCAGAUCUACAGCAAGCUCACAGCGAGAGGGACUGUGAAGGUGAAGAGCUCUAAUAUACAAGUAGGCGACCUCAUCAUUGUUGAAAAGAACCAGCGGGUCCCUGCUGACAUGAUCUUCCUGAGGACGUCGGAGAAGAAUGGGUCUUGCUUCCUUCGCACUGACCAGCUGGAUGGUGAAACAGACUGGAAAUUGCGGCUACCUGUUACCUGUACUCAGAGGCUGCCAACUGCUUCUGACCUACUGCAAAUCCGAUCCUAUGUGUAUGCAGAAGAACCCAAUAUUGACAUACAUAACUUCGUGGGGACCUUCACAAGGGAGGACAGUGACCCUCCAGUGAAUGAAAGUUUAAGCAUCGAGAACACGCUGUGGGCCAGCACAGUGAUUGCAUCAGGUACUGUUGUGGGAGUUGUCCUCUACACUGGAAGGGAACUGCGCAGUGUGAUGAAUACUUCAAACCCAAGAAGUAAGAUUGGCCUUUUUGAUUUGGAAGUCAACUGCCUUACCAAGAUCCUCUUUGGGGCUCUUGUGGUGGUCUCACUUGUCAUGGUGGCCCUUCAGCACUUUGCUGGUCGCUGGUAUCUUCAGAUCAUAAGAUUCCUCCUCCUGUUCUCAAACAUCAUUCCCAUUAGCUUACGUGUGAAUCUGGACAUGGGGAAAAUUGUCUACAGCUGGGUGAUCCGCAGAGAUUCCAAAAUCCCCGGGACUGUGGUUCGGUCCAGCACUAUUCCUGAGCAGCUGGGGAGGAUAUCCUAUUUGCUUACAGACAAAACAGGAACUCUUACACAGAAUGAAAUGGUCUUCAAGCGACUUCACCUGGGAACAGUAGCUUAUGGCUUGGACUCCAUGGAUGAAGUGCAGAGCCACAUAUUCAGUAUAUACACACAGCAAUCUCAGGACCCACCUGCAGUGAAGGGCCUUACUUUAGCCACCAAAGUGCGUAAAACCAUGAGCAGCCGCGUGCAUGAGGCAGUGAAGGCAAUCGCGCUCUGCCACAACGUGACCCCGGUGUACGAGUCCAACGGGGUGACAGACCAGGCUGAAGCUGAAAGACACUAUGAGGACUCCUGCAGGGUGUACCAAGCCUCCAGCCCUGACGAGGUGGCCCUGGUGCAGUGGACCGAGAGCGUGGGUUUGACGCUGGUGGGCAGAGACCAGUCCUCCGUGCAGCUGAGGACACCUGGCGGCCACAUCCUGAACUUCACCAUCCUGCAGAUCUUCCCCUUCACUUACGAGAGCAAGCGCAUGGGGAUCAUCGUUCGGGAUGAAUCAACAGGAGAGAUCACUUUCUACAUGAAGGGGGCCGAUGUGGUGAUGGCUGGGAUCGUGCAGUACAAUGACUGGCUGGAGGAGGAGUGUGGUAACAUGGCUCGCGAAGGCCUGAGGGUUCUUGUUGUAGCCAAGAAGUCUCUGACAGAAGAGCAGUAUCAAGACUUUGAAGCACGCUAUGUCCAGGCAAAGCUAAGUGUACAUGACCGCUCCCUGAAGGUAGCCACAGUCAUCGAGAGCCUGGAGAUGGAGAUGGAGCUGCUGUGUCUCACUGGUGUGGAGGACCAGCUGCAGACAGACGUCAGACCCACUCUGGAGACCCUGAGAAAUGCUGGCAUUAAGGUGUGGAUGCUGACAGGGGAUAAGUUGGAGACAGCCACGUGUACAGCCAAGAAUGCACAUUUGGUGACACGGACACAGGACAUCCACAUAUUCAGACUAGUGACUAACCGUGGAGAAGCUCACCUAGAGCUGAACGCCUUCCGCCGGAAACACGACUGUGCUCUUGUUAUUUCUGGCGACUCGCUGGAGGUGUGUCUCAAAUACUAUGAGUAUGAAUUCAUGGAGCUGGCUUGCCAGUGCCCUGCUGUUGUGUGCUGCAGAUGCGCUCCGACGCAGAAAGCUCAGAUCGUGCGAUUGCUCCAGGAGAGGACUGGCAAGCUCACCUGUGCAGUAGGUGAUGGAGGGAAUGAUGUUAGCAUGAUUCAGGAGGCUGACUGUGGUGUUGGGGUUGAAGGAAAGGAAGGAAAACAGGCAUCACUUGCAGCCGAUUUCUCUAUCACUCAGUUUAAACACCUGGGUCGUUUGCUAAUGGUGCAUGGAAGGAACAGUUACAAAAGGUCUGCAGCACUCAGUCAGUUUGUAAUCCACCGGAGCUUGUGCAUCAGUACAAUGCAGGCUGUUUUCUCGUCAGUAUUUUACUUUGCUUCAGUUCCUCUCUACCAAGGCUUCCUCAUCAUUGGGUACUCCACAAUUUACACAAUGUUUCCAGUGUUUUCUCUAGUGCUGGACAAGGAUGUUAAAUCUGAAGUUGCAAUGUUGUACCCAGAGCUCUACAAAGACCUUCUUAAGGGACGACCAUUGUCAUACAAAACAUUUUUAAUAUGGGUCUUAAUAAGCAUCUAUCAAGGGAGCAUCAUCAUGUAUGGAGCACUCCUCCUCUUUGAAUCUGAAUUUGUCCACAUUGUUGCCAUUUCCUUCACGUCCUUGAUCCUCACAGAGUUACUGAUGGUGGCACUGACAAUCCAGACGUGGCACUGGCUCAUGAUAGUGGCUGAGCUUCUCAGUCUCUCCUGCUACAUAGCUUCUCUGGUCUUCUUACAUGAGUUUAUUGAUGUUUACUUCAUUGCAACUUUAUCAUUCUUGUGGAAAGUCACAGUCAUCACCCUGGUGAGCUGCCUCCCCCUCUACGUCCUGAAGUACCUGAGACGAAGGUUUUCUCCCCCAAGCUAUUCGAAGCUUACAUCGUAGGGCUGCUGUCCUCACUCACCAGAGACAAACAUUGCACAUGGCUGGGAGGCAGAAUCAUGUAGUUGUUCCUAUAAUGAAUACAUCCAAUAUUUGCAUAAGGAUCAUGUGGUAAUCUCUAUUACAUGCUGCUUUAUUGAACAAGACUUCACAACUGCCGUGAAUGGAAACCUCAUGAUAAAAGGGAGUUUUUUUUGUGGGUGGAGGCACUUGUUACUUCAUCAAGUUCCUGUCACUUUUGUUCAGCUUAACUGCGAUGCUGAUGGUUUCUUAUGCGUGGUUGAAAGUAUCUGAAAGCUGCUAACUGACCUAGGAACUUACACGUGACAAAUUUAAGUUACUUUUUAAAGUAUCUGUGCUGUUCUUUGCAUUGUUAUGUUGUUUUAAGUUAUUUAUCUUUUCCAUCCAAGUAGUUACGUUAUUUUUACAUCUUGGAAAUCCCUUAUUGUAGGUGAUGCACUACACUGCUGACAGCUGAUUGCUGAUUUAUAGCAUGCUGUUUCCAUAAUGGGGCUCCAGCUUGUCGGAUCUACACACACUGGAGAAUCUGAGCAUGUUUGAGAUUUUCCUUCAGUUGCAGUGUGCUCACCCUAGUGAAUUUGGAGGUAUCCAAUCGUUGAUAAAUAGAGAGAAAAAUGAAGAAAUUCAGUUUUGUUUAGCUUUUGUGCUUCCUGUUAAAAGGAACUGGUGACGUGAUGGCUUUACUCUGUAUUUAUUUGCAUAGGGGAAAAUGAUUGAAAGUAAAGCAAAUCAUUUUGGGGAAAGAAAUUUGAAGUUGAUCAAACUUGAAAUGUGUCGACAAUGUGAGAAGAGACUCGCACUGUUCUGUACACAAUGUGGCAGAUGUGUUUUGAAUCCUUGGAGACUGAAAGGAGAGGUCACAGAGCUGCUACUCCUCACAGCUACACAAAAUCUGUUUCCUGUUAGGGUGAAACUGUGAGGAUGAGCUGCAAAUAAGCUGAGGCACUCCUAGGUGGAUGUCGUUCAUGACACUCUUCUGCAGAGAGGCAGUUUUUGAGAACCUUGCACUUGAUUUGCUCUGAAAACCAAACUUGAUUCACAGGAGUGGGAGUCACCUGAAGGUAUUAGGCUCAUGUGCAGAACCAAAGGUAUGCAUUUAUUUUUAGUUUUCAAACAUUAAACUCAGUUCUUUUUUCUAAUAAGCUUUGGGCCACAUUAUAAUAGUGUCAGGAGAGCAACAUGUGCUUAAGCUGCUCAGGAGAAGGACAGAGAGUUAUGGGAACCUUUUAUGGUUGGGUCCCUGCAUCAGACAUGGAUAAGCUUUUAGUGGUGGCCAUCCUCAUCCAAUGACUUUGCUAAAUCCAUUGCUUGCUGACUCAUUCCCACAUCAUAAAAAACAUAGUCAGAGCUGUCACUGCUUGGUGCUGUUACUGGUCAGUCGCUCACAGGGACCAGGAAUGGCAGAGCCCAGACCUUGAGCUCCCUUCUCUUUCAAGGCAGCCCUUCCAGGUCAGGACAGCCACACUGAUGUGAGGAGCAGAAGCUCCCUGGUUGUUUCUGUGCCGUGCCGAAGCUCUUUAAUGGACUGCCAGCUUCAGUUGCCAUUGCUACAGGCAUUCCACUGUCGCAAGCAGAACAAUGAUGCAUUGAAAGAUCUGGUGUGAAAAUGAAGGGAAAAUGCGAGUGCUGUUUUCAAAGAGCUGGGAGUCUCUGUUGACCCAUGGUGGUACAUCUUCAGUUUUCAGAUCUAGGAUAGCAGUGGCUUGUGUGGUUGAUGUGUGGUAAUUGCUCUGGGGAAUGUUUUGCACAACCUGACCUGCCUGCCUUGGUCUCAGUUCCUGAGAGUAAAUAUCAAAGAGGAGGAGAAGCAAGCUCCAGGAGAUGUAGAGAAAAAUUGGAUGCGCUUCAUAACGCACGUGGCUCAAAGUGAGAGGAAGGUACAGGCUCCUGUGACCUUGUUGUUAUUUCAUGCAGGGAAAACCCUCUUAAUUUGGAAAAUCAUGUUUCAAAAUCCUUCAAGAAUGAGAAGAGCAAACUUCUUUAAUUUAGCUCACUGCUUUUUCUUUUGUGCCUCUCUUCUGACAAGGCUCUUGUCUGAAGUCCUGAUACAUAGCAGCCACCUUCAGAAACAACCAACUGGCCAAGCAAAGCUAGUUCUUAAUAUGGAACUUUUCAUAUUACUUCAAACAUUUGCCUUUAUCCUUUCAAUUUUUUUUUUCCUGAAAAUAACAGUAGUGGACAUUUCUAUGUAUUUGACAAGCAUGCUCAUGUUGGGAAAGGCCUUAGAAGUCCAGCCUUCUCAGUGAUUUGUCUUGCAGAACAAAAGCAGUCUCUGAACAGCCCAUUUGUGGGGGAGUUGGGCUGACAGCCUUGUGUGAAUUAUGCCACUUUGCCAAAAAGAUACUUAAUGUUGUCUUUAUCAUGACUUGCUACAGCUCCUGGAUAGUGUCUGCCAUGCAGGUGUUCUGGAGUCCCCAGCCAGCAUUCGAUUUGAGUAGAUGUAAGUAGAAGAACCAAGAGUUUCUUUUGGCCACUUCAUGUGACUGAGAAGUCAGGUCCCUCCUGUCCGUUGGCAAACACAUCGCAGAAGCCACCUUUGUAAAGCCCUGACCCUAUCUAGUGUGUAUUAGUAGUUAAAUGUCCUGCAAGAAUAACAGUGCCAUGCUACUGGGUGUAAAUAUUAUGGUAGGAUUCACUGUUUCCUCAAGUCAAUACAGUUUACACUGAGUGGACCAUAUUUGCAAAAUAUUAGCUUAUGCCAAGAAAGGGAAGGGCUUGUGAUUUUGGUUACAUUUAUUGAUUCAUAACUUUAAUAAAGAAGCCCCAUUUAGUGGAAUUGGUAGCAAUCUAUAGCUGUGUUUGGGGUGUGAAUUACGUUCCUUUGCAGCUAGUGUUUUUGCACAAGGUUGUAAAUCCAGGAAGCAAUUUCUGCCUGGCUAUACCCUGCAUUUCUUUAAAUCAGUCUGAAAAGUCAAACUGCCAUCUAACCAACAGCAGGAAAGAGGAGUGAUUGUUGUAUUUUGCAAGUUUAGCACUUUAUGUCUGCAAUCUAUUUCUCUUAAGUUAUUUUAAAGAGUUGUUUAUAAAAGCAAAGUUUAAUGCCCAUUCCCAUACUUACUGUAGAUUUGAAUAAAGGGAUUCUCUGCUGGAAAUUUAAGCCUUUUCCUCUACUAUGCUCAUAGUUUGUGCUUAUUGGAAGUGAGGCAUUGUUUCCUUGUAUGUAGUAUAUUGCUUGUAGCCUUAGUGGUCUUCCUUUAUUUUGUUCUGGUUUAUGUACUGUAGCAGUUCAUCUAACUCGUGUGCUUUGGGACUGUGCUCCAAGCCGUAGGGUAGUGGUGUACGUCCCACAGUGUGCUCCUGCUUCCCGUGGCUGCUUCAGGGAAGCCAACACUCAGUGCUGUGCUGCAGUGGUGCUUAGUUAAUGUGGAAGUUUUGUGACGUGCUCUUUUUGCAUCUCUGCAGUAAUUCCAGGUGUGUCUUCUUUUUUUAGGUUUGUGCUCUUUGUCUUUACUGCUGGUUUUAUUCUCUCCUUAGAGCUUGUCCCAUUAAUCUUUGCAAACAUUUGCUUUGCUUAGUUCACAGUGUGAUUGAAAUGCAACAGUCUUUAUUCAACAGCAGCAGCUUAAAUCUGUGCAGAGCAUUAUCAGAACUGGCCCAAGGAGUGAUGAGUGAUGUCCUUGGUGUCCCCUCAGUGUUGACAGCUAUGUGCUGAGAGCUACAGCUGGACAAAACUGAGAGUACUAAAGGUGUUUGUUGGUGGUCUGAACUGGCAGAGUUAAAUGCUGUGACAACCCUUCUUCAUCCUCUGCAACCACUGAGGAAAGUGUUGCUGUAGUUGAGCUAAGUUUGUCAGGGAGCCCCAGAGUCAGAUGUUUGAGUCUCUAAAGCUUACCUUUUGGCUUUGUCUUUUGAAGGAAGCUGCUGCACCAUAUGAUGCUCCAUAAAUCCUUGAUUUGCACAAGCAGUGCUCUAAAUCAGGUAUGUGAACAGCUGCUGCAUGGAGCUCACAGUUGCAAGAUCUUUAAACACCACUGUUCAGGUGGGGUUUGACUCAUCUCCACAGUUGCUGGGACCAGUCCAGCACCCACUAAAAUCUUCAGUGUGAGCUGGAUGGGCACUUAUUUUAUUAUCAGUUAUUUCAUAAGUAGCCAUCUCUUUGAUUUAUGUGAGAUCCUGGGUUCUACAGCUUUGCCAAUAUGGUCCAUUACUACUGCCUACUACAACUUGUGUACUUCUAUGCCUUUGAGAACAUUUUUAAUUGUUUAAAUUGUUAAAAUAAGUGUUAAUUUAAUUUUUAAUUGGGGAAAUGGAUUCUGGUGUCAAAGUGAUAUUUACUGUGAUGCCGAUGUUUUGUACCUGUCAUCUAGUUAAAAGCUGUGUAAAUACUCUUGGUUCAAGAGAAAUACCAAUGCCAGUUAUUUAUUGUUCUGUGAAGUUACAUGUUGCAGAUGUGUUCAACCUUAAAAGGGAAUGUUGUAAAACAAGGUGGAAAAAUAAAUUUUAUGCAACUUCUUUACUUCA